AUGACUACUCCAUGGCCUUUUGUGGCUUGGAGAAUAGACGUAAUUAGACCAAUUGAACCAAAGGCCUCAAAUGGACAUAGGUUUAUCUUGGUAGCCAUUGAUUAUUUCAAAAAGUGGGUAAAAGCAGCGACUUUCAAAUUAGUGACCAAGAAAUCAGUGGUUGAUUUUAUUCACUCCAUUAUUAUUUGCCGAUUUGGCAUUCCAAAGAUAAUUAUCAUGGAUAAUGCUGCAAAUCUCAACAGUCAUUUGAUGCAAGAAGUGUGUCAACAAUUUAAUAUUAUGCAUCAAACUUCAACUCCUUAUCAUCCAAAGGCGAAUGAAGCUGUAGAAGCUGCCAACAAGAACUUAAAGAAAAUACUCCGUAAGAUGGUGCAGGGUUCUCGAAAAUGGCAUGAAAAGUUAUCUUUUUCUUUGUUGGGUUAUCAUACUACAGUUCAAACUUCAAUUGGUGCAACUCCUUACUUGUUGGUGUACAGAACUGAAGCAGUUGUACCUGCGAAGAUUAACAUUCCAUAUCUUUGA